AUGGGAGCUUGCGCAUCAUGCUUGGGAAGGGGUGAUGGUAAUAACUACGAUGAGGAGGAAGAGAACCGCCUUCUCUACGAUGACGCAAACGGUAUGCAGUACGGUAGCUUCGGGGACCAAGCUAUAAACGGCGAGAACGAUACCCUCGAAGCUCAGCGAGAGAACGAAGCUCUUCAACGAGUAAUAGCGAAAACAUCAGACAACAUGGUGGACAUCUUUGAUAUCGCUCCGCAAGAGAACACAAAUCGUGGAGCAACGACACCUUUCGCCUACGCUGGUCAAGGUGCACGCCUUGCACGAUACCAACAUCUCGUAUCAAAACUUAGCAACCAGGGUGACAAUAACCCAGCGAGCGGUGUCAAGGUCGACUGGCUUCCAGAAGACGAGACCAUAGAGAUGCAAAAGAAUGGUCCAGCUAGCAUCAAGACUCUCGAGAGCGAUGAGGGUCCUCUUGUGGGGACCUUUGCAGAUGCUGCGGCGGCAAUGCAGUAA